AUGUCCGAACGAAAGGUCCUCAACAAAUACUUCCCGCCCGACUUUGAUCCGUCCAAGAUCAAGCGCCGCAAGGGCUUGAAGAAGCAGAAUGGGUCGCAGAUGACUGUCCGUCUCAUGUCGCCGUACUCGAUGCAAUGCUCCAAGUGCGGCGAGUAUAUCUACAAGGGCAAGAAGUUUAACGCACGCAAGGAGACGGCGGUUGGGGAGGAGUACCUUGGCAUCAAGGUGUUCCGAUUCUACAUUAAAUGCCCGGUCUGCUCAUCUGAAAUUACGUUCAAGACGGACCCCAAGCAGGGCGACUUCGUUCCCGAGCAUGGUGCGACACGUAACUUUGAGAACUGGAAGGAGACCGACCCCAACAACCAGGCAGGCCUGCUUCCCUCCGCCGAGGCAGACGAGGACUACGACAGUGAUGGCAACCCCACCGCCGACAAGGUCGAGCGCGAUGCCAUGGCCGACCUCGAGCGCAGCCAAGAACAGUCCCGGCGCGAGAUGGAGAUCAUGGACGAGCUUGCGGACUUGCGGCAACGCAAUGCCCGUCUCGAGACCAGUGCCCGUGCCGACGAUCCAGAGUCGCUCCUUGCUGCCCUCCACGCUGAACGGGAGAACGCGGAGGAGGCGGCACGUCGCCAGGUCGAAGACGCCGAGGACGAUGCCAUGGUGGCAAAAUUCUUUACAAAGCUGCCGCCUCCCGGCGCCAAGGUUGACGCCGCACCAGGUGCAGACGACGCCUCUGACAAUGAGGGGACGAGCGCCUCUCCAGCACCUGCUCCUCUCAUUAUCAAGCGCACCGCCGCCUCGGCCAAGGGCGAGCCCACAGUGUCGUCUUUGUUAGCAGCCAAGGGCAAGGCCCUCGACGGCCCUCCAGCAGCUGCCAAACCUGCAGCCAAGCGCAAGCGCGGAGACCUGCAGAAGAUGCUCGGCAUCAAGGGCAAGAAGUCCAAAGCGUAG